UUACCUUUCCGCUCCAAGAGUGUUUUUCUUGGUGGCAUUUUAGGUGAAGGCUGUUUUAAAGGAAGAGUCAGAGUUCUUAGGUUGUCACAGCCAGUGUGGCUGCUUUAGCAGAAGACAGGGUUAUAACCAGAGACCCUCUUUCUUAAGGCCUGAGUUCUGAAGAGCACAUUUUAAAGUCGCUGCCUGACUUGGCCGCCUGCGGGCCCUGACCGUCUGGGGUGGGGCUUUCUCGGAAGAGCCUUGGGGCUCACUUCCCUUGGCGACACUGGAAGGAGCCCGGGCGCCAGGGUCUGAGCCCCGUGCAGCGCUGCACUGCCUGCGCCCGCGUCGCCUUCUGCCUCCAGCACUCGGUUUGCUGAGCUGGGCAGGAUCCCCUCUGGCCAGCUCAACAGGAGGGAGGGGACCGGUUGCUUCUCUGCCAUCUCCCAGCCUCUUGGGCCCCUAACCGGGAGGGCCGUCCGGGCCCGCAGACUCGCUUCCCUUCGUUCACCCUUCUCGUGCCUUCCGAGUGGGUCCGUCGGAAGGCUUGGAGGGUGGACUCAGAAGCCAGAGACCUUGGAUCAGCCCCGGUCCUCCCACUUGCCGGCGUGUCCCCUGGCCAGUCACCCAACCUCUCCGCGCCUCCACUGCCUGGCCUGUGACAUGUGGCACUGGGGAGUCACCCCUCGUACCGUCUCCCGACGGACGGCUCGGUGAGAGACACCCUGGCAUGCAGGCAGGGCUCAGCUAGGAGGCUCCAGCUUCUGUUUCAAGAGCUUCUAUUUUCGGGCGCAGUCCUCAGCCUGUUCUCUGACGAUUGCUCCGGUAUCAGAGCGAGCACAUCUCAGACCUUUUUGGAAACGCCAGCUGCACGGGAGAAGAGCUGGCGCUUGUAUGUGUGGUCGGGAACGGGCUUGCGACACCCCCUGCCAAACGGACAGGCCCCUCUGCCCUCCUGACCCGGCCGCGCGGGCCUCCACUCCGGGGCACUGUGGCCUGGCGGGGUGGGCCUGCCCGCAGCGCAGGCUUGUCUGCGGCCUGUCCUGUGUCCUCGGCUCUGCGUCAUGAAGCGCUGACAGCAUCGCUGUGUUUCACCAGCUCGGUGAGCGGAGCAGCUGGGCCGAACCGAGCGACGGAGGCCCAGAGGGAAGGACCCGGGACACGGGCCGGGCGUGAGCUGCGAGUCUGAGCGGUCAUGGCUUCCGGCUUCUCGGACCCGCGGCGCCGGCAGAGGACAUGACCGUCUGCGACCCCGCCCCAGACCUGCUGCAGAGGCCGAAGCUCGGCGGGGCCCCAGCCUGCCCGGCGCAGGGACGCUGCUUCCGUCUUUGAAGGGCUCGGCGUCUGGGGCGACGGAGCCCAAGAUGGCGACCUCGUCCAUCAGGCGGCAGAUGAAGAACAUCGUCAACAACUACUCGGAGGCCGAGGUCAAGGUCCGGGAGGCCACCUCCAACGACCCGUGGGGCCCGUCCAGCUCCCUGAUGACGGAGAUCGCGGACCUGACCUACAACGUGGUGGCCUUCUCGGAGAUCAUGAGCAUGGCGUGGCGGCGGCUCAACGACCACGGCAAGAACUGGCGGCACGUGUACAAGGCGCUCACGCUGCUCGACUACCUCAUCAAGACGGGCUCCGAGCGCGUGGCCCAGCAGUGCCGCGAGAACGUCUUCGCCAUCCAGACGCUGAAGGACUUCCAGUACGUGGACCGCGACGGCAAGGACCAGGGCGUCAACGUGCGCGAGAAGGCCAAGCAGCUGGUGGCCCUGCUCAGGGACGAGGAGCGGCUCAAGGCCGAGCGGGCGCAGGCGCUCAAGACCAAGGAGCGCAUGGCGCAGGUGGCCACCGGCAUGGGCAGCCACCAGGUCGCCUUCGGCCGGGGCUCCAGCCAGCCCAACCUCUCCACCAGCUACUCGGAGCAGGAGUACGGCAAGGCCGGGGGGUCGCCGGCCUCCUACCACGGCUCCACCUCCCCGCGGGUGUCCUCGGAGCUGGAGCAGGCACGACCGCAGACGAGUGGCGAGGAGGAGCUGCAGCUGCAGCUGGCGCUGGCCAUGAGCAGAGAGGUGGCUGAGCAGGAAGAGCGCCUCAGGCGGGGCGAUGACCUCAGGUUGCAGAUGGCCCUGGAAGAAAGCCGCAGAGACACAGUGAAAGGCCCAGCAAAGAAAGAGCACGGCUGCCACCCGCCGCAGACCACGCUGCUGGACCUGAUGGAUGCCCUGCCUGGCUCGGGCCCUGCUGCCCAGAAAGCAGAGCCCUGGGGCCCGUCCACCUCAGCCGGCCAGACCAACCCCUGGGGCGGGCCGGCAGCCCAGGCCAGCGCUUCGGACCCCUGGCCAGCAUUCGGUGCCAAGCCAGCUGCCUCUGUUGACCCAUGGGGGGUGCCCACUGGAGCCAGCACACACUCCGUCUCCAAGGGCUCAGACCCCUGGGCCGCCCCGCAGCAGCCCGCCCCCACUGCCGGCAAAGCCACUGACGCCUGGGCUGUGGCCUCGGCCGCCAGGCCCACCUCCGCCUCCGGUGAGACCCCUUCUGCUCCUUGGCUUGGUCUGGGGUGGGACGGGAGGAGCAGGGGCAGGCACGCACCCGCCCUGCAUGGGGAGGCCCGGCCCCUCCUGGUGCCCCCCGCCCUGCUGCCCUGGGAGAGAUGCCAGCCCACCUUUGGAGCAAAGGCUCAUGUCCCCGCAGUCACUGCCGCUCUCUCUCCAGGGGCCUUUGAUCUCUUCAGUAAUUUGAACGGCACCGCUAAGGAUGACUUUUCUGAAUUUGACAGCCUCCGAACUGCGCAGAAGACGGCCAAGGCGGCCUCUCCACCAGCCCAGAGCAGUGGGACCGCCAGCCCAGACGCCCUGGAGUCUCAGCCCCUGACCGUCACCUCAAGCAAGCCCAGCAGCGCCCGGAAAACGCCCGAGUCCUUUCUGGGCCCCAACGCAGCCCUGGUGAACCUGGACUCGCUGGUGACCAGGCCAGCCCCGCCGGCACAGUCCCUCAACCCUUUCCUGGCACCAGGUGCCGCGGCGGCCUCGGCCCCGGUCAACCCCUUCCAGGUGAACCAGCCGCAGCCGCUGACGCUGAACCAGCUGCGGGGGAGCCCGAUUCUGGGGAGCAGUGCGUCCUUCGGGCCUGGCCCUGGGGUGGAGCCCGUCGCCGUGGCCUCUGUGCCCUCCGCAGCCUCACACCCAGCUCUGGGGCCCAGCGGUCCUUCCCUGACCCCCCUGGGCCCCGCCGCCGUGGGCAUGGUGGGCACCAUGGCCGUCCCCCCGUCAGCAGCGCAGGCCACCGGCACAACCAACCCGUUCCUGCUCUAGUGCUCGGCCCGGCCCCCGUCGUGGGGUCCCAGAGUUGGGGGGUGGGUGUUAGGGCUUCCCUGUCCAGCUUCCUGAUCAAAGGCUGUCCUUGCAGCCCUGGCCCUCCGUCUGGGGGUGGCGGGCCCACGAGGUGUCACCUAGCCCACGGGCUCCGAGCCUGUCCGGCCGCCCUGGCCGCCACCCCGGUGCAACUCCGGCCCCUGCGGAGACCCACGGGCUCCCUGGGGCCCCGGACAGGGAGGCGGCGGUGCGCGUGCUGGCCCAGCCUCAGCCCAGGGCCUCUGGGACCCCACUUGCCCAGGACUCGGCCCCCCAGCCCAGCCCUCGGGACACCCCGGCGCCGGGUGCGGCCGGGACGGGGUGCCGGCUCCUCAGACCCUGACCCUUCGGGGCGGCGCUUGUGCAUCACGUCCUUUUCUUUGACUCGUGUGUGAGUCCGACGCACUCGCCGCCACCGCGGAAGAGCUCGAAUGAAGUCCACUAGCGCGCGCUUUAGACUAACCUGAGCGUAACCCCGCCCCGUGCUCCGUGCUUGUACACGCCUGCGCACACUGGGUUCAGUGCCGUUUCACAUUUGAGUUUGCAGAAUUAUCGAAUAGUCUUUUUUUGGCUAAUAUUUUUAUAACGUGGUUCUUAUUUAACUGUCUAGUUUGGAUAGGACUUACCAGGUCUGGCUGAACUAAGACAUUGGCGGUGUCCUGCAAGUGGUCUAAAGCUCUUAUUUAUGGUUUUAACUCUGUAAGAAAAUCUAAAUAGGAAGAGACGGAAAAUGCCUUAUGGAAAAACUAAAGCAAAUUCUUUAUAGGGAAAAAUACGGGAAUUUGAUUACACGUAAAGGGUGUUUAUUUUAAAGACACAAACUACCCCAGUACCGAGAGCUCCUGGCCUCGCGGUGCCUCUUCCUCCCGCUCCCUGUGCUGAGAAUCACCAAACCAAGGGACUCGCAGCCUUUGGGGUUGGGUCCUGCGCACGAGGCUGGUUUUCACACUCCUAGACCAACAUCAAGAAAUUGAAGACCCAACCCGGCGUGUGGACGUGACGCACCGGGUUUGGCCUGUCAGCUCGCUCUGUGUCGGGACCGAAGGCCUGCGCGCGGCCAGCGGGGCCUGGGACGGGCGAGACGUCUGGAGCCCCGUGUCCGUGUCCUCCUCUGUCCUGGCCACGCUCCGGGUAGGGGUGGGGACAGUGUGGGGACGGCAUGACCAGGAGGGAGGGGACAGCCCUGGGCUGAGGGCGCGAGGGGCCAGGGCUGGCCGCAGCCCACCUGCCUGCCAACUCCCGACACGCGGCGCCGUAGCCGUGGUCUCCUCUGACGUCGGGGAGGAAGAGACGCCGCACCUCCCGCAGGAGCCACGCGUCACAGACGGGCCCUAAUCGUACCUCCCUCCCCUGCUCUCCUCGCCCCCCGCCUCUGCAAAAGAGUAUUAAGUCACAAACUAAAAACCAGAGAAGGCGUGCUUCUCCCCAGAGAAGGGACGUGCCCCUCCCCAAAUCCUGGGUCUGGGCACCUGGCCUGGUGGGCGUCUCCCCUCUGACACCAAGGGCAGCUGAGCCCUGGGGCCCCUCGGCCCCUCUCUCUGGUUCCAGGUCUGACCCUGAGCCCUGGCACAGGCCCCUAGAAACGCCGAGGAUGCCUGGGAACUGCCCCGGCUGCUACCCGGCCCAGCCUCGGCCCUGCCUGCGCGGGGGCCUGGGGCUGGACAGGGGGCUGCACCUACUCCCGCGGCUCUGGCCCUCCGCAGCGGCCGGGGGAGGACACUCCCAGGGAGGCGCCGGGACCGCGCUCCUGGCAGUGACUCCUAAGAGUCAUGAGCCCGUCCUGACCCGACCUUUCAGUGACUUACAGCCACUGGGCCACCAAGGUCCAAGCAGGCGCCCCCAGCCCCGGUCUCAGGCCCGUCCCCAGGCGCCAUGUCCCUGUCACCCAUUGCACUGAUCAUGAAGCCACUGGCACUGCCACGCACGUGGGACACGUGCCAUCAAGGCCCCUCCUGCCGGGCACCGUGGUAGGGGUGUCAGCCAGCUGUUUUCUCAGUCCCGGGGCAGGUGGCUGGUUUCGAGCUUGUGUUGACUCUUGAUACUUAUUUACUGUAGAAAUAUAAUUUAUCAUUUGUAUCACGA